GAACUCAAAUAGCUGAGCCGAAGUGUCGAUUCAAGCCAGAAAAAGCAAAGCACUGGUGUUGGCGCAUAUCAAGUCGUCAAAGAUGAGCCAGAGACAGCCACAGAGUCCGCAGCAAAGCGGACUAGACCAGCCACGGUCACAGAUGCAACAAGGCUGGAGUAGGGAAGAGCAAGAACCAAUCAAAUAUGGCGAUGUGUUUAACGUCACCGGGGACCUUGCAAAGGAGCCUAUAGCGCCGGAGGAUGCUAAUAUGAUGCAGAGUGCUGAAACUAGGGUGUUUGGACAGACCCAGAAGGGUGGAGCAGCUGCCUCCAUGCAAGCUGCUGCAACUGUUAAUGAGCGAUCUGGUCUUGUCGGUCACCGCGAGGCCACUGAUGCUGCUAGUGAACGAGGCGUCACUGUCAUGGAAGCUGACGUCCCGGGAGCUCGAAUAGUCACUGAAAGAGUUGCGGGACAGGUCGUUGGGCAAUAUGUAGAAGUUACUCCAGUGCAAGGCCUGGCUGCGGGGAACGUCCAAAAUGCGAUUACUAUAGGAGAAGCGCUGGAAGCCUCAGCACAAACAGCUGGUGACAAGGCAGUGGACCAGAGCGAUGCUGCCGCAAUUCAAGAGGCAGAAGUAAGAGCAACUGGCAGCAAUGUUAUUGUACCAGGUGGAAUCGCAGCCACAGCUCAAUCUGCCGCAUCUUACAAUGCCGCUACGAAUCGCGCUGAGGAAAAGAUUAAACUCGCCGACGUUCUAUCGGGUGCAACUUCGAAAUUGGCGGCGGAUAAGGUCGUGACAAGGGCAGAUGCUGAAGGGGUGGUUAGUGCAGAGUUGAGGAACAAUCCGAAUUUAAACACGCAUCCAGGUGGUGUUGCGGUGUCAAUGACGACAGCUGCUAGGCUUAAUGAGACCAUUAACUACUGAUACACUAAUGAAGAGUUACUAAUAUGAAUGGUGUUUGUUUGUAUAUGAUGUUUGCUUUGUUUUGUUCUGUUACUUCCCCUUGUGUGUAGGAGUGUAUUUGCGUAUGUACUUAUAACAAGUGUCUUCUCGAAGCGGACAUAGAAAUGGCACCGAGUUUUAUGUUCAGUCUACAUGUACCUGUAACCUGUUUUGCAUGUUAUAGCAUUCUCUUUAACAAUGAGACGAAG